GGGCACACGGCUGGCCAUCCGCGGCAGUUCCGUUGCCGAUUUCGCGUACGCCGAUCUCACCGGGGAUCGCCAGUGUGAUAGAAGAACCGCUUUUUUCGCGAGCGGGUCGAUCACCGCCGCGAUUCGUCUGCGCGAAUUCCUCGGAGAAGGAACCUCGACCGGAAGGUCCUAUCCUUCCACCGAGACUCGUCAACGCUCUCGAGUUUGUCUCGAUUCAUUCCCGCUGCUCGAUCUCGCGAAGUCACGAGGCGGUCGCAAAGUAGAAUCGAAUUCUGUUCCGCCGCGAAGUACGGAAUCGAAGAUCGGCGAAAGCGAGCGAGCGAGUUGGGGCGUAUCGAACGUUUUAUGAGGAUGUUCGAUACCGAGAAAUUUAUCGAGGAGAUUGAGAGACGGCCGGCGAUCUACGACGUGAAUCGCGGCGAGUACAACGACCGUAACGCCAAGAUGACCGCGUGGGACGAGGUCUGCCAGGUGAUGGUACCGAAUUGGGCGCGCUUGACGGACGAGGAGAGAAACGUGGAAGAGAAAAAUUUGCGCGGGAAAUGGAGGAACAUACGGGACUACUUCAUGAAAGAACUGAAGCUUCAAAAGACGCCCGGACCCACUGGACGCAAGCGGAAGAAAUAUAUGUACUUCGACCGCUUGUUAUUCCUGAUGCCGACGGUGGAAAAUAAAAGGGGUUCCGCGACGAUUAAUCCUUGCAAGUCGGAAGAGAGCGAGGGUGAAGUGGACAAUCCCGUGUUCGAGGACUACGAUGUAUCUCUUACCCAUAGCGGUCCCGUAAAUAGCAACAAGGAUUACUACCAAACGAGCACUCCCUCUUACAAAGUCUAUCCGCGUUACUCGAAACAGCUCUGCGAGACGUCCUUCCCCUUCGACAAUGAGAUACACGACAUUCUGUCCUCGCACAGCAGCCAGCGCGUCACUGUCGACGAGGACGACUACGAUAAAAUGUUCCUCUUGUCGCUGUUACCGAUCAUCAGACAAGUACCGGAGCAGAAGAAGCUGGAAGUGAGGAUACAGAUGCAGCAGGUCCUGGCGAUGGCACUCCGCUCGUCCGAAGACAUUUGAGUCGUUUCACGCACAUUUAUGCUAAGAUUUCUGCGGGAGUAGAUCUUGCAGUGGCUUAUUUGCGUUAUUUUCGUCCGUCCCGUUUCAAUUUCAUCGAAUUAUUUCGUAAAAUAUACAGGGUGUCCCGGGUUUUAACCGACAAACUGCGGGAGCAUAUUCUACUAGUGGAAAUAAG